UGCAAUUUAAUAUUAAUAGAGUGAAUAUAAAUAUAUAUUAAUUAUUGUAGGCCUUCGAAAAUAUACAUGGCAAGGCAUUUUUAAUGGUUAAAAUCGAUCAGCACUUCCCAAAAAUAGUUAUACAUAACAAAGUGAAUCGUUGUCGGGCCGCUUAAAUCAUUAAUGGAAUUUUCGUUCUAGUCAAAAGAUAAUGUGAAAAUGAAAAAUAACUUAUUGCAAAUAUAUGUGAUCAAUGAUGAAAAUAAAUAUGUACGAUUAUGUGAGUGCAAAUGUUGUUUACAAUAUGAAAUAUAGCUGUUUACAAUAACUUUUUCACAAUGAAGAAAGAAAAAGGAGUGCACACGUAAUACAUGUUUAAUACAUGUAUGUAAAUAUGUGCUUAUGUAUACAUAAGUACACAUAGGAUAUACAACUGUGCUUGUGAAUACUUAAAAUAUAUACACAUGAACGUUUGGUUCAUCCAACAUUGUUAGAGGCCUUAUGUACUAUUACACGUUGCAGUGGAAGUAUUUAACUGCCAAUUUUCGUAACUUCGCCUUGAAAGCGUCUGGCCGUAUACCAUAUGUAUUUAACGUGCGGAAACAUUCGUCUUCGUUCAAAUUAUCGUUUAAUAAUUAAAUUUAAUAUUGUUAUGUUGAACUUGCAUUCAUGUCACAAUGAAAUUGAGUGUGAGUGCGUAUCGCGCGCACGCAUCGGCACACAAAAAGAUUCUCUCGAGCGGAUAUCAUUCGCAACUCAAUUACGGCAGCACAGGUGCAGCAGUUUCUUCUUCUGCUGCCUUUCAAAUGACGGAUCCCAACAAAAACGCAAUGUCAUUCGCCACCGCAGAACGGCAUGGGGUCGAAUGCAAUACUGACACAGAUGUCGUAAGCCCCUCUGGUACAAGCAGUUCCGGUCAGGAGAGGGCUGGCAUUAUAAUUAAAUCACGACCGCAUAUGAGUGACGACGAUAAUGAUAGUAAUGUCAUUUAUCCCGACAUUAAGAGUCCCGAUCAAAAGAAGUCAGAUAUUACCGAACGACCUUCAGACCUAGACUCUGACUGGAAUCGAUCUAAUCAACGAUGGAUGAAACUCAGAACAACUGUACAAAUAUCUUCAGCAAUACAGAAAAAACCACCGCUAAAACGCGAGGACUCGUUUUUAAAACGAUUUUCAACGCGUCAAAUUCCGGAAGCUCAGGAAACUGUCGAGGAUACUGGAUCGGAGAGUGCUUUUGGAGAAGCUGAUAAGAGUACAAAAAGACGAAGGCGAUUUUUACAAAAGCGACGAUCGGUUGUUAAUCCUGAUGAAAAUUUUUAUUUCUAUUGGUUAAUGAUACUGACGGUGUCCGUUUUGUACAACUUAUGGGCGCUUAUUGUGCGACAAAGCUUUCCGGAAUUACAGCAAGCUGUUCCUAUUUUUUGGUUUGUUUGUGAUAUGCUCACAGACGUUGUUUUCGUAUUCGAUAUUGUUGUGCAAUUGCGUACUGGAUAUUUGGAACAAGGCUUGAUGGUAUAUGAUGAUAAGAAAUUAGCACUUCACUAUAUACACUCAAGAGAUUUUGUCUUCGAUAUAAUUUCGUUAAUUCCAUUGGAUUUAAUACAAUUGAAAAUUGGUUCAAAUCCACUUUUACGAUUUUCGAGGUUUUUUAAGGUUUAUCGAUGUGUGAAAUUCUAUUAUAUUGUGGAAAGUAGGACAGUUUGGCCAAAUUUAUGGCGUGUGAUAAACUUAAUACAUAUUCUUCUCAUUUUGGCGCAUUGGUUUGGAUGUUUUUAUUAUCUUUUAUCGGAAGCCGAAGGAUUUCAGGGAGAUUGGGUAUAUCCUUAUAGACCAGGAGAUUAUGCUACAUUGACACGAAAAUACCUCGGUAGCCUUUAUUGGUCUACUCUUACGUUAACAACAAUUGGAGAUUUGCCAACACCGGAAACAAAUGCAGAGCCAAAUUUUUCAGUGGACGGCCCAAGGUCAAUACCUAGACGUGGUAUAAGAUCAAGAUUACUGCAAUUCGGGUCAAAUUAUGGGUAUAUUUUUACAAUCGUCAGUUAUCUUAUUGGAGUAUUCAUUUUUGCCACAAUUGUCGGCCAAGUUGGAAAUGUGAUAACGAAUCGUAACGCUAAUCGCUUAGAAUUCGAACGGUUAUUGGAUGGAGCAAAAACCUAUAUGCGUCACCAUAAGGUUCCCGGCGGUAUGAAACGACGUGUACUUCGAUGGUACGACUAUAGCUGGUCUAGAGGGCGUAUUCAAGGAGGAGGUGAUAUAAACACAGCUUUGGGCUUAUUACCGGAUAAGUUAAAAACCGAAUUAGCGUUACAUGUUAACUUGAGUGUCUUAAAGAAAGUCACUAUAUUUCAAGAGUGCCAACCAGAAUUUUUACACGAUUUGGUUUUGAAAAUGAAAGCAUACAUAUUUACACCCGGUGAUUCGAUUUGCCGCAAAGGAGAGGUAGCAAGAGAAAUGUUUAUAAUAGCCGAUGGUAUACUGGAAGUACUCAGUGAGACAGGGAAAGUUCUGACCACAAUGAAGGCUGGCGAUUUUUUCGGUGAAAUCGGAAUUCUAAAUUUGGAUGGCCUUAACAAACGCACUGCUGAUGUACGCUCAGUUGGCUAUUCGGAACUGUUUUCGCUCUCUAGAGAGGAUGUGCUCGCUGCUAUGAAGGACUAUCCGGAAGCGCAGGAAAUUUUACAAACUCUUGGACGAAAACGUCUGAUGGAGGUGCGGUGUGUAAAUAAGAAGUAUGCGAAAACACAAAGCAAUAAAGACCAAUCGGAUCAACCAAAUGUAUAUAGCAAUAUUAAUAGAAGCGACAGUAGUGAAAAUAGUGCCUCAAAAAAAAUUGUGUACAAAUUAAAAAACGAUGUUAAAGGAAUACGAAGCAUGCUCAAAAAGACAAGGAUUAGAAGAAGCGAUGAGUCAUUAGAAAUGCAACCAGUACAUGAAAUCAUAAAUAAGGUAAAUAAAUCUACCCUGAAGCGUAUGUCAAAUGUACGUUCCGACGAGAAGGAGGAAAUUGAAGAAAAAGUACAAGUGGAAAAGACGCCAAGUCCAAUCGGUGCCGGGCUACCAUUACUCCAAAGAUUACGUUUGCUCAAAGAGAAGCAGGAUCGGGAAGAGAAGGCAGCGAAAUCUACAACGCCACAAAUAUCUCCACCACACCCUCAUAUUGUUAGCGCUUUAUCACCGCAGGAAUCAAUACAGGAAGAACCCGAGACUGAAGUUAACGAGGCACUUCCGUUGAUGCAAAGAUUACAAAUGCUGAAGAACAAACAAGAGACGAUGAGUGCCGAUGUGAAAACCGGCUUGAAACCAAAUCCAACGGUAUCAUUGAAACAAAAGAUUCAAAUGCUUCACUUCCCUGGAGUAAUAAAGUCCGAUGCUUUGGAAACUAAGUCGAAAGACGAUAAAUCAAUUAACGCAGUCAUAAGUCAAAAAGAUCCUCCCAAAGCGCCUGAUAUACCAAAGCAAAUUAAACGUGAUCUAGGUGCAAUUAAUAAAUCGCCAAAGGCGGUAUCAGGAAUGUCAUUAAAAUUCAUAAAGCCGUCCAUAAACACCUCAUCAGAGCGUUCAGAUAGUGAUAUGUCUAUAAAGCCAUGGUCCAAACUUAAGUUAGCUACUUUAAUAUCGACAAGCUCUAAUAAUUUAGCAAAAUUUUCGCCAGGCGAUUCAGACAUCGAUGUAAAAACAUUUUCGACAAACGAAACACCACAAGCGCAAACGCAAACAUCAACGGUUUUAACGUCCGCAACAACAUCUACACAAUCUAUACAAUCCAUAGCUGCAGCAGCUGCACUUCCUCCUAAGUGCUUGCAACCAACAAUAAUUUUAGAAAAUUUUCGAAAACACACCAAUAGUUCAUCCGCAAAUAAUACCAGCGAAAGUCGGAAAUAUUAUCACUCUGUUUUUGACUUGUCGCCGGAAUAUAGUGGGUUACCAUUCGUGAAACGUCUAAAAAUUUUAAAUGAACGUCAAAAGUUGGCGGAACUGGAACAAGCACUUCAGACGCGAAGCUUUAGUUUAGACAGUUCUAAAACUGGUAAUCAACUGGCAGUAUCUGAACCAUUAUACAGAUGUUUCAGUGACGUUUCCGAAAUGUAUUCCAAGUUUUUCACAGCAUAUGAGUCCAGUUCAUCCACUUCGACGAAUACAUCCAUUUCGAAUAACAACAAUCAGAGGAGAGACAAAUAUAUACCACCCGCAUAUUUACCGCUUAGUCCCGAGCUUAAUGAAACUACUGAACGCCGCAAGUUAAAAUAUGUGUUACAGGAACUCCAUCGCAGUUCCGAGGAAUGCAAAAGACAAAAUGAAGAUACAGCGGUAUUGGAAAGACCAAGCAAGAGAUUACUGAGAGAACCAACUAUAGAAGGUCCACCCCACAGCGCGCUGAAAUCUGUUACAGAUGAACACUAUGAUGGCUUGAGUACGGUGGGUGAAGACCAAGACCAUGCCGUUAAAUUAUCUUGUAUGCCCGCAAUUUCAGCUUCGGGCAUACAUAAAUAUACGGAAAACCGAGUUCUUAUUGACACUCGUUUUAAAUCUGAGUCAAAACGUCGAAAUACAAUCCAGUAUACUCCAAGUCCUUCGUACACUAAUCAACGCACAACAAAACGACUGAAAACAACUGGGGCAGAGUCGAUAAAGACAGAAGAUAUUCGGAACAUAGAAGAUAACUUCAAUAGGGUAUGGAGUGAAAUUAACAGUGUAAUUAAGGAGCACAUUACUGAAAUGCAUUUAAAAUUCGAAUCACAGUUUUCGGUGAUGGUCAGAGAAGUUCGAAAACGCGAUGAAAUUAUUGCGAAUCUUCAGUCGAAAAUUCGAAAUAUCGAACUUAAAUCAUCCUCGCCUCGAAAAAAGCGGGAGCUUAAUCGAGAUAAACGAAACAAUGUUUGGGAUGAUACAGUUCUAAAAUCGGAAGAUCACCACAGUUCUAGUUCAUCACCAGAACUGCUAUUUAUGCGCGGGGACUCAUUGGAUACGGUAUUUAUGUCAUCUCCACCUCAAGCACAACGACAUAGCUGUUCACCAGUUUUUAGUAAGCUUUAUAAAGACUCUUCUGGAUAUAUUUCGUCCCGUAGUUUGUAUAAAAACAAAUCAGAAGAAAAUGUCGCGAAAGGGAAGCAACAUAAAGGAAGAUUUAGUGUUUCAGAACUCACAGGAAAUUUAAAUACGCAGGAUAGCGUGGUGCUGGACAUUGACGACAGUUCAAGUACUAGCUCUUCAUCCACCAAAAUGAAUGUUAAGUACGAAGAUAUGGCACAGAAAACUACCGAGGAGAGGGUAUUUGAACAUGUUCACCAUAACGAUUGGGAGGUAAAAAUGCUUGCCGCCGAAAUGGCUAAACAGGAAAGGAAGCGUGCGAACUCCACUGACUUAAAAUUUAGUAACUCAAUUUUACGUAGGCGACGAAAGUUUAGUGACACAGAAACAGAUAUUAGUGAAACAGAUCCCGAAGUUGAAUCCCUCUCCUUAUCCAGACCAAGAGCUUCAAGCUUAGAUCAAUUUAACUUAAGAUACGGCGUUGGAAAGGACAUUUUUAAAGCAAUUAAUAUCGGACGUGAUAAAAAUAAACUUUGAGAUUUGCCAAAAUAUUAUCUAGGAGUUGUAACACUUAUAUUAAUAGAAUUAGAAAAAUAUACAUGGGAGUGGUAAAAGUAAAAAAAGCAGAGAUGUCAUUAGUGCCCAACUUAUUAUUACUAAAUAAAUAGUGGAGGAUUUUUAAAGUCAUAAUUGAUACAAAAAAAAAAAAAGAAAAAAAAGCAAUUAGCCACACUUAAAAAGCCAAAAGGUCAGUAGGGAAGAAACUUCGAGAAAUUCCUAAGUCUUAUUAACAUAGUGCGCUUAUCCUCAAAGUUCAAAAUUCCUUAGGCGUUUUAACCUUUUUUUCUCUGCUCUCUCUAUUACAAUAGAAAUAUAAGGAAAAUUUCAUUACGUUAGUAUUUGAACUCGAAAAAAUAGAGUAUUUUAGGUAGUGUUUUUACGCUU